AUGAAGCUCCCAUGGCAAAACGAGAAGCAGACAUCGCCGGCAUCAUCUGUUGAGGCACCAGAAGCAGCGUAUGCGACAGACUCGGUGGCGCAUGGCUACGACGAUGACCUCCACGUCCAGUGUCCGCCACACACCACCGAGCGCAAGCUGGUGACCAAGAUUGACCUCCAUGUCAUUCCCUUCCUCUGCAUCCUCUACCUUCUGGCAUUUCUGGACCGCGUCAACAUCGCCAAUGCCAACGUCGCGGGUCUUUCCAGGGAGCUCGGCCUCGAAAAUCACGAGUACAAUGUCGCGCUUGUGAUUUUCUUUGUGCCCUACAUCCUCUUCGAGAUCCCAAGCAACAUCCUGCUCAAGAAGUUCAAGCCCAAUGUGUGGCUGAGUCUCAACAUGUUCUUGUUCGGCUUCGUCACAAUCAUGCAGGGCAUCGUCACGAGCUACUCAGGGCUGCUCACCACCAGAUUCUUCCUCGGACUCUUCGAGACUGGCAUGUUCCCGGGCUGCUUUUACCUGAUUGGCAUGUGGUAUCGCAGACACGAAGCGCAGAAGCGCUAUACCUUCUUCUUCAGCUCCACCACUCUGGCAGGUGCUUUCGGUGGACUUCUGGCGGCAGCUAUCACGAAGAUGGAUGGAGUGGCGAACUACGCGGGUUGGCGAUGGAUCUUCAUCCUUGAAGGUCUGUUGACCGUUGUGGUUUCCUGCGCCUUUUUCUUCCUCAUCCCAAGCUUCCCUGAAGAAGCCAAGUGGCUUGGCGACGAUGAGAAAGCGUACGUUGCUGCUCGCCUCCGCAAAGACCAGGGCAAAUCAGCAGUCGAGCGGUCGAUUGGCUUCAAGGACGUUGCCCAGGUGUUCAAGGACUACAAGGUCAUCGUCGCUGGCUUCAUGUACUUUGGGCUGAUCGUGCCAGCUUACGGCUAUGCGUACUUCGCUCCAGGCAUCAUCCAGACUUACGGCUACAGCCCGGUCCAGACGCAGCUGCACUCUGUCCCACCUUGGGCGGCCGCGUUUGGUUGGGCAAUGGUGUUAGCUGCAAUUUCGGACGCCUCAAGACACCGCUUCGCAUAUGCUGUGUUCAGCAUUUGUGUCGGCAUUGCAGGCUUCGCUAUACUGAUCUCGGUCCAUGAAAAUAACACCGUUCAAUAUGCAGCACUCUUCUUGGUCACUAUGGGGACCUAUGGUGCCAUGCCAAUCAUUGUGUGCUGGUUUAACAUGAAUCUGGGGGGCCACCAUCGUCGAUCAGUGGGAAGCGCUUGGCAAGUCGGGUUCGGUAACAUUGGCGGUAUCAUCGCCGUGUUCGCCUUCUUGCCGGACGACAAGCCGAAAUACAUUCCUGGGUACUCGAUCUGCAUCGCCUUCACCAUCUUGAGCAUUAUCGCAUGCAUCAUCUACGGCAUCGCUUGCUUGAGUGAGAACAGGCAGCGAGACAAGAUGGCGCAUAACAUUGGCCUGACGGAGUCUGAGAAGACGGAGCUGGGCGAUAAGUCACCAGACUAUAGGUAUCUGCUUUAA